AAGUUGCUGUCAAGAAAAGGCUUAAUGGAGACUCUUUCUCAUCAGAAGAUGCUUCUAUCAUAUCAGAAAAAUUGACUGAACUAUCGGCUGAAGGAGCCAAAGCUGUUUAUAAUGAAUUUAUGGGAACGACCUCAGAUAAAGACUGGAAAGACUGGAAGGUCUUCAUGCAAAUGAUACUUACCUGGGAAGAAAAGAAUAAAGAUGGGAAGAGACAAUUUUUAUCAAAGUUUCAGUUGAUAGAUUUAGCUGAUAAAUCAGAUGCUGAUAGAAUGCAACAAAUUGCUAACAGUCAAAUCAAAGGUUAUUACAAAUUACAAGGAGAUACAUCUACAAUUCAACAUUUAAAAGGUGAUCCUGUUGAAAAAGAUGAGACAAUAGCCAAAAUCAAGAAGCAGGUAAAAUCUUUUAAAGAUGUUGGAGUACAGUUUGAUUACAUGGAUAGCAGAGAAGAAGAUAUUCUCAAUUCAAGGAGACAAGCCACAGUUGAUAAACUGGGAGGAUUUUGGUUUGAGAAUCAGUAUAGAAGACUGUAGCUUAUCACCCUUACAGACAGUAGAAGUAGCAGUAAUUGCUCUUGUAGGAGGACAGUUCCAGUUUCCUCCUAAUACCAUCCUUGUCAGUGCUGUGUAUGCAGUAUCACUCUCAAAGCCUCUCCUGAAACAGCUAACAUUAGAAAUACAGCAUUGUGUUGAUUUAUCAAGGCAACCAGCUCUUAGUUGUUAUCUCAAGUUUGCUAUAGCUC